UCCCGGAGUCCAGGGCGUCGAGCCCCGUGGUGGGUCGAUGAGGGCCAGCACGCGCUCAGUUCUGGCGGAUGUAAACACACAAAGAUGGCGAUCUUCUCCAGUAAGACCGCCGACUCCAGAAAUGGGAGAGGCCGUAUUUCUGGAUGUAAAGCUGCAGCAGUAGCAGCUGCAAUGGCAUCAUUAGCAAGUGUGAUUGCACUGAUGGUUAUUACUUGUGUUCAAGCUCAGACUGUAACAUACAGCUUCACACAAUUCCCUUAUAAGGAGUCUGUUGCCAAUGAGAAAGUGUGGUCCGAGUAUGAAGUAGCAUGUGCACAGUCACCACGAUGCUUAGAGCUUCGGGGAGUUCACCACACCCGUUGUGUUAGACAAUGUGUAUCACCAUCUUGCUAUCUGGAUAUCUACAUUCAUGAUGAGUUGGAGGAGGGGGAAAUUGACGUACGUCUGGCAUCCUUCAAAGGUUGCUUCCUCAAACGAAUGUCUCGACAACGACGCCCCUGAGGUAAUCCCGAGGCCAUCCUCGCCCACCCCAGGCCCACAUCUACAAAGAUACCUCUCAGCCCAGACCCACUGGCACAAUUGUGGACCAGGCUGUUCAUUAGGGACCUGGAGGAGGUGGCGCUCAUGGUCUACCCUUGGCCUAGAAUACCUAUAACGAGGCUCUGACACAUAUAUAAAUCUGUUAUAGCUUAUACCAAUUUUCUAUCGUUAAAAUGUAAUGGAAAUUUAAGACAUUGUUUUUCUAAGAAAAUAUAAUAAUAAUAAUAAUAAUAAUAAUAAUAAUACUGUAACUGUUACUUAUAAAUAUCUAAUAUGCUAUACAAAAAUAUGUUGGAGCUUACAUAGAAAUUAUAACACAGUUAUACAUAUAGCACAGUACACUAGUGGGAUUUAUGAUAUGGCUCAAUACAUUGAGCCAUAUUUAAUGAUGAGGUAAAGAAGGAAAAAAAAAAGAGAAACAUUUAGUACAGCAUUAAUGAACCCCAUCACCAGGCAAACCUGCAUAAGUUUCGAUGUUUACCAUACUGGUAUACUGUAAAUUAUUUUAAUGCAAAUUGGUGUUCAUUUUUUGUAUUUAUUAUUACACUAUUGAUGGAAUAAUUGCUUGUGGCCAUUAAACUGUUGCAAGGAACAAAAGUUAUUUUACAAAAAACCAAUUUGGGUUUCAAUUAUAUGAAUACACCACCAGUUUAUGGACUUCAGAGGCAGCCAUUUUUGUCUUUAACCAGUUUACAUAUAUACAGGUAAUAAUUUAAAAGUCAUGUUAAAUAGGACUGUUGUACCGUACAUAUUGGUGCCUAUAUACUUAUAUCAAUAAAUGAUCAUCUAUGUCCCUUACAGUAAUAUACCUCUCAUAUUGUACUUAAACAUAUCUGCCACUGCUAUGUGUACCCACCAUAUACACAUACACCUUAUUCAAGGUGUACACUCCUUGCCAAUACAUUUGGCUUUAUUUUGGUGUUUGUUUUGAUAGUUCAGUUCUGGCAGAGAGAGAAUAGUUCAAAAGUUGAAUGCUAUCAAAUAAUUUGUACAGUACAAAUUAUUGGCUAUAGUAACUUGUACAUGACUUGAUCUUUUUGUGUAUGCCAUUUGUAACACUUUAUGGAUUGUUAUAACCUCAUAUAACCUCUUAACAUUUUGAUAUGAUCGUGUACACGUGUUUGUGUGAACUUAUAUUAGGUAAGGUAUACGUCUGGUGUUUGCAGUGAUUUGAACUACACUGUAUUGUCAUUCACUUGUUUCUUAGAGCACACAACUAUUUUCUAUUAUUAAUGCCUGUUUGACUAGCAAACCCUUUAACCACUGCACUGCGCAAAGC